AUGAGGCUGCAGACACCUUGUUUUACCUUCGGGUUGUUCCUCGUGCUUUAUGCAUCAAUAGCAGAGGGGCUACGCGUGCUGGACGAUGCGGCUGCUAAGUUAACUGCACCCCAGACACCGACAGGAAUCAUCAACCCAGGACGCGCAAGAAAUGCAAUUCACGUUGGAAGCUAUGAGGGUCAUGUGGAGGCACGACUGCGAGGCAUUGAGGACAUCAGCGGUGUCAUCCGCGUGUUCGUUUUCCGCAAUGCCACCAGCGUGAACAUACGAUACUCGCUCCUUUUUACCGGAUUGAGCGUCCAAGGUUUCCCGACCGUUGCCGGCAUUGUCACUGCCAGGUCUAACGCUCCAGUGGUGAAUUUCCCAGCAAAGACUUGGUCUAAUGUGACAAACAGUCCCCCGUUCGACCAUGGUUGGAAAAAGCAAGGCAAUGCGAAGCGAAUGGGCCUGCUCUAUAAGUACACGUCAUCCGGAUGGUGCUAUGAUGCAGGGAGCGUUGCUGCAGAGGCAGGAAUGACUGUCGCUGAUGUUUUCAGAGGCCUGAUGGCUUUCCCAGGGUCUUAUUAUGGAACCAUUGUGGCACCUGGAGGGAGGGCAAGCGGAGUGUUUGCUGUGCGACCCCUGGCACUCAAGGUGUCUCACGGUGGUGGCUUCUCAUCUUGA